UGUGGAAGUUGGAUACGUGUUCGAAUUCAACGUAUGGAACCAGAUCUUUAUGAUAUUGGAGGAAAUGCAGAUGAAGCUCGUUCUUUACAUGAAAUACAUGAACAUUUAUGUGCUAAAUUAGCGUCAAAACAAGAACAAAUAUCAGAACUUUUAUCCAGAGCUGAUGAUUUGGUUACACAACAAACAUCAGAUAAUCAAAGUCAAGUAUAUGCAGCAAUGUCAGAAUCGCUGAAUCGUGCUUGGCGUGAUUUACUCGGUAUAUUAACACAACGUGGAAGAUUAUUAGAUUUAGCUAUGGAAUGCUUUAAUUCAGCUGAAAAUGUUAUUCAACAAGCUGAAAGAGUUAAGCAUUUAUGCAUUACUAGUAGUUGGGGUCAUGAUGUUAAUUCCGUUCGUCAUUUAAUUGAAUCGAGUAGUAGUAGUAGUAGUAGUAGUAGUAGUAGUAGUAGUAGUAGUAGUAGUAGUAGUAGUAGUAGUAGUAGUAGUAGUAGUAGUAGUAGUAGUAGUAGUAGUAGCAGUAGUAGUAGCAGUAGUAGUAUUUAUCGAACUGAAACCUUAGAAAAAACGCCUUUUUUUCAUUUUGAG